UCUCAUAAAUGAGUGCACUAAAAUAUGUUUUUGUCAUAAAUGCGGUUCUAGCCAUUUUUAUAGCUGAAUGCACUCUAAAAGAAGAAAAUAUCUGCACUCCUAAGGGAAUACAAUUUCAGGAGAAGAACGUUCCUAAUGAGUUUAUUGUUACAUAUCAUUCAAAAUACUUAACGAAAGUUAGAAAGUCAUUUAUUUUAAAAAGGCUUAUAAAGGGGAAUGUAUUGGAAUGGUCAAUUAAACCCCGCAAUAAUUUGGCUAGUUACUAUCCAAGCGAUUUUGACAUUUUGUAUUUAUCGGAUACAAAUUGCACUCUAAUUGAAGAAACUCUCAACUUUGUCAGGGCUCACCCCGUUGUUAAAAAAGUUUCUCGACAUCAUUAUGUCCAAAGAUAUCUGUCAUCUAACAUCACAGACAGCUUCACAUAUAAUAUUCGCAAUCCCCAAGGUGUUGCUCGGGAUAAACACGUGAAGUCUGGGCAUCCUCAGCAUGUGACUGCAUCCUUACAUGCAGAUGUUCUUUGGAAGCUUGGAAUUACGGGGAAGGGUGUUAAGGUUGCCAUUUUUGACACUGGCUUAACUCAAAAUCAUCCCCAUUUUCGAAACGUCAAGGAGCGAACCAAUUGGACAAAUGAAAAGUCUUUGGAUGACGGCGUAAGUCACGGGACUUUCGUUGCUGGUGUGAUAGCUUCUUCAAAGGAAUGUCUUGGAUUAGCUCCAGAUGCUGAGCUGCAUAUAUAUAAAGUUUUCACAAACUCGCAAGUCAACCGAAAUGGGUUCCCGAUCCUCAACAUUGUGGCCGAUUCCUGAACAUUUCUACGUCCUUUUCAAUUA